CCCGGGUGGGUUCGGUCGGUUUGCGUUCUUCGGCUGGCUCACACUAUUGUUCCAUCGGUUCGGGGGUGCGAAUGGAGAAAGUGUCUUCGGUGGACGGUUGUAGUCCGCGAUGACCACCCUCCUGCCGACGUCUCAAUCCACCGGGGUUGAGACGUACGAGGACAUGUUCAAGGAGAUCACCCGGAAGCUGUACGGCGACGAGUCGGCCCACGGACUCUACCCGCACAACACACAGGUAGCCCAGCUGGCACCGGGUGCACCAACAGCACCACCCGAUGGUGGUGAGCGAUCCUUCACAACGCUCACCCAGAUUGGCUACGAAACGACAACCGUCGGUUCGUCGGGCCAGUCAUCAGCUUCUACCGCACAGCAGCAACAGCAGCAGCAACAACAACAGCAACAGCAGCAGCAAGAUCACAUAACGACCGCAUUUGGGUUAGCGGCACUGAUGCAGAAUGGAUUUCCACCACCGAGUGCCAUCCUGAAUCCGGUCAACUUUCCCAAUGCUAGCAAAACGCCCACAAAUAUUUCCAUCCCGUCGUCAGACGAUCGCUGGCAAUCCCACCAAGCACAUGAAGAGCCGUGGAACGGUGGCAAACACGCCUCCCCGGCCGGCACCACGUCCAACUAUGGCAAAUCGUACAAAAAACCAAAAACGGAACCACAGGAUGCAACAUCACCGACUGGACUGAACAUCCCUAGCACGAUCGAUCGGACAGUGGGCAAGGGUAGCAGCUAUGGUGGUAGUGCCACCUCACCCACUGGCACGAACGUCAUCAAGCGGUACAGCUGUACCAGCUGCCCGUACACGACGGACCGUCGGGAUCUGUUCACACGCCACGAAAACAUCCACAAGGAUGAGAAACCCUUCCAGUGUUACGCAUGUCUGAAGCCGUUCAAUCGGGCAGAUCACGUGAAAAAACAUUUUCUAAGGAUGCACCGUGAGCUGGAGUACGAUAUAGCGAAAACACGCCGCCAUCCACCGGGAGGUGGUGGAUCAUCGGGCUCGAAAAGUGCUUACUAUGGCGGUACUACUCAAGCAUCAAGUCAUGGCUCUUCAUCCAGCAGCAGUACGGCAACGGCCAUAACACUUGCCCAGAUGCAGCUAAAUAUCCCGUCCGGACAUUUCAGCACAGCGCCCACUUCGCUCGUUGUGCCUUCCCAUGCGCACGAGAGUAGUGCUGGUGGUAGUAGUAUUACGAAUCAUAAUGGUGGAAAUCAUUCGAACCAGUUGCUUCAAAUUCAAAACCACCAUCAUCAUCUCCAGCAUCAACAGGCUCAUAGUAACAGCCUGCAAGCGGCAGCCCACCUGGUGGCGCCCGUGUCCAUUAAGCAGGAGAAGAGUUCCGGUUCGGGAUCCUCGGCGUCGCUUAGCCUUAACACGUCCGCCAACUCGUCCGGUGCGUCGGCCGAUGAUAAGACGUACGUGAAGAAAAUUAAGGGCGAAAAGAAAUUCGCCUGCACGUACUGUCCUUGGGCAGGUGCCGACAAUUGGGGACUCAAGCGACAUCUCAACACACACACCAAACCGUACGUGUGUUUACUGUGUGACUAUAAGGCGGCUCGUUCGGAGCGUUUAGCAACGCACGUCCUAAAAGUGCACAACAAGAAAGCCUGCAGCAAGUGUAACUUCUUCGCCGAAGAUCAGGCCCAUCUGGACGCACAUCUACAGGAAGCUCAUUCACACGAAACGACAAAAACGAGUGGCAAAGGUGCCAGCUCCGGUAGUACGGGUAGUAGUAGCACUAGUAGCAAUUGUGGUACAACAACAGCAACCUCUGCCCUGCAUCAUUCCGUAGCAGCAGUAGCAGCAGCAACGGCGGACACCAAUGGCAACAAUGUGCUGCGCAAUUUGGGUAAUGCAUUUACGUCGAACAAUUUGCCCACCAACAUUCCGACCAGUGGGAAUGGCUUUGGUAACGGCACAUCGAAUGGCCAGUAUCAUUCCACUGACGUCCAUCACCCGGCCACCGGUAACGUACUGACAAACAGUAACGCUGCCAACCUGAUCGAAACGAUCAACCAGCACGUCCUGGCAACGGCCGGCCAGGCCAUGGGACAGAACGGUGGAACCGCUUCAUCGCAGCAUCAACAUCAACAUCAGUGGAUCGCAACACGGCCACAUCGGAAACGUGGCCCGGAACUACUUUAUAGCUACCUAGAGGCGGACGGAAGUGACUCCGGCGACUAUGCACGCAUUUUACACAUGCAAGCAGUCGGACGAAACAAGGCUUCAGUCACGCAGGAUUUUCGUAAUGCGGGAGGCGGAGACAAUGGCGGCGAUGCCGGCGACAGUAGCAAUGCGGCGACGCCCUACACGACGGCAACGCUCAGCAUGGCAGCGGCAGCGAUCGAAAGGCAGAUGAAGAAGAAACACUACAACCCGGGCACCGCCGACACUAGCAGUGACCUUGGUGGCAUGGUGGCGGGCAAACCCACCGCCGCCGUACCCGACAAUGUGAACCUUUCCCUUGCCUCACUCUUCAGUAGCGAUCAGCUGUCGUUUCUGCAGCUGCUGGCCACGGCUGCCGUGGCACACCAGCAGCUGCAGCUGCACUCGAGCCAGCAACAGCAGAAGAAACAGCAGCACCAGAAACCAUCCAAAGCAGUGGACCACCAUCCCGUCGGUGCAUCGAAUGGCGUCCUCCGCUACGGCAGCAGCAGCAGCCCGAUGGUUUCGUCGCCUCCCGCUACAUCUACUCAGCAACAAUCACGUACAGCAAGCACCACCAACACCACUGGAACUGGCAAUGGCAUAAUCAUUCCCAUCGAUCCAAACUAUCAGCAGACUCAGCCGCUCGCACUCGAUAUGGGCAGCUUCAAGAAGCGACGCACCAAUGGAGCAUCAUCGAGCGAUAAGGAAAACCAUGUGCACCGGAAACGGCAAAAUGGAGGAAGCAAUGGUCUUACCAUUACACCUUCACCGGGAACCUUCCCAAACGGCGUCACUGCUGUUAAUGGUGGAACAAUGGAAAAGCACAUCGCUGCCAACAAGAAUCCUGGCCACCAUCAGAAUCCUCAUCAUCACAACAAUAACAAUAGCAGCACUAGUAAUAAGAAUAUAAAUGAUAUUUUUGAUAAAAUGUACAAAAAGCCGCAAAACUCAUUUCACCACCACACGUCCAAGCAUCAGAGCAUUCCACAGCAUCAAUCGGCGCCAUCACCACCACCACCACCGGCCCAUUCCCUUACCACUAUCCUUCGGACUGCUCCACCAUCCGCGGUAGAAGAGGACAAUCGGCGGGACACGGCACAAGAUCAGGCAGAAAAGUUUUCACUCGCCGAGUUCCUUAAAAAUCACACCGAAGUAUCGAUCAGUACGGUGGGCGGUGGUAAGGGUGGAGAAGGGCCCGUUUGUUCACAGGACGCAGAUGCAGAAAGUCCUACCCAUGUAGAUGAUCUCAUAGAAAAGCAAGAAGGUGAUCGGAACUCUCACAAACGCUACAAACCGUGUCGGCUGGAGGACAAUGAAGAACAACCAUCGAAUGUUGCCGAAGAUCCUUUGGCAUACGUUUCGGUUGAAAUGCUCGAUACUAGCAUUGGAACGAACGGACCAGCGUACCAGAAAGAGGAGAAGGAGCAAGAAAAAGCGAUCGAUCUUAAGGUGGAGAAACUGAUCGCGACAGAACAAACAGGGAAAAUAGUUGCCGGUGGCCGACUGGCGGAUAUCCGGGAUAAGCACAUGAUCAAACUCAUCACUAACCGGCGCUGCUGUCGAAUCUGUCGCAGCAAGGGUCUGUUGGACCAUCUGGACAAUUCUCACUACCAUACCAAAAUUUCCCUUAUCCUGCAUACUCUGUGGCGCCAUCGCGGUGCUAGCGAGUCAACAAUGUCGCCGCAUAUGCAGUGUCGCGAGUGUAACACAUUCUUCAACCAACGCUACAAGCUGAUACUGCACCAGAAGCUUACCAACCACACCGGAUUGCUAAUGAAGAAGCGUUCAAAAAAUCAGUCCCCAAGAAUCCCGUUUAAAAAUGGCCUCACCCAGUCACUCAACGGAGUUAAAGCUCUGAACGGGGAACAUGGGACAACAAAUGGGGUGAAAAGUAAGCGAAAGCAACGGAAGCGAAAACCUCGCCAUCGUUGCUUUACCAUGAAGCGUAAAAAGUAAUUAGAAUA